AUGCAAAGGAGGAAAAGACUUCACACAGUUUUACAAACUUAUUAUGUCAAUAACUGGGUUUGCCUAAAGCCGAAGGUGUGUCCCCCUGCUCCCUUCAGUUUUAAGGGGAACCUUCUCAUCAGCAAGAAAAGCUAUUCCGUUUUUUCAAAGCUGGUAGAAAGGUCCUCCGUGUAUGGCAGUGACAAGGGUGUUGAUGUCACCAGGGGGGGGGUUACCCAGAGGGGCGAAACAGAAAGGGUUAUAACCCCAAAUGGGGAGGCACCUUUAGAUGGCACAAAUGCACAGAGGAAUGGUCCCCCUCCGCAGCUGGGUGGAAAUACCCAAUGGGGUGACACUUCCGAGGUGAAGGUGAGCCAGGGAGCGGCUAACGGUCUUGCGGGGGGGAUGUGUAGCCCCAUAGGGGAGGAGGUGCACGUAGGCCCGAAUGCACACUCAGGUGUUAUUCCCAACGUGGGAGAAUUAGCGGCGAAGACCGAUCCUUUGGAAGCAUGUAAGAAGGACACUAACGAGGGUGUUGUUGGAGAAAAAAAAACCAAAACAAAGAAAAAAAAUGUGCUAAAGGGGAAACCGAAAGGUGAUGGGGCGAAGCGCGGGGGGGGGACGCUCAGGGGAGGCCCCCCGAAUUGCCCCGCCCCAGUGGGGGGGGAAAAGCAAAAAAAAAAAAGUCACAAUGGAAAGAAAGAGGAAAAGCAAAAGGGAAAUGCAAAUGGAAAUGCAAAUGCAAAGAAAAAGCCAAAGAAGAAAAGAAAACAAAACUGCCAAAAUGACGACGUGGAGGUAGACCCCCCAAGGGAGAACGAACGAGCGGUCCAGAGGGGCGCCCAAAAGGCCCCCCAAGAGAGCGAAGGCGACAAAUGCGUGAGAAAAAAGUUCAGCAAGGAUGACUACUACAAACAGUUUGAAAUGAUAAGUAAAAACGGGAACAUCCUGAUGGAGAAAAUGAACCAAGUGGAGGACAUCUCGAAUUUUGUUCACAAGCAUUUAGCGUCACUACAUUUUGGAAACAUCUACGCAUAUAACAAUUUGCUGUACGAAAUAUAUGACAAGUUUGUAGAUGGGGAUAUUAAGAAGGUGAAAAAAUUAAUAAAGAAUUAUAGCAAGUUGGUGAAGAAGAAUCUCCAACGGAAAAUAAAAUACUUUGAGGCUUUUCACAACAUGUGUCCACAGGAGUACAGCCAUGUGCUGACUUGUUUGUUUAUUCAGUCGAUUGAUUUGUUAAAGGAUGAAGAUAUUAGCCACACGUUUAAUUAUGAUCAGGUCAUGUGUACCAGUAGGGAUGCCGAGGGCGGGGGAGCGCUUCCUCAGGAGGAGGAGGAGGAGGCCUUCUCAAAUUUGGAAGGAACUGCUGACAGGGGGGAGGCGGGCGAUGGCCCGGCGUUCUGCGGGGAGAGCGGCCACAGAGAGGGGGAAGCGGGUGGGAACGUUGAUGUAAACGCUGAUGUAAACGCAGAUGGCGACGUUGACCGGGGGGAACGGGGGGGGAAGAAGGCCCCGCGCGCGCUCUACCAGCAGAGGCAGUUCAGCCCCAGUAACAAAAUUGUGUACGAAAUGGAUGUGCACUUCGACGAGGGGGACGCGGGAGAAGUGCACUGCCCCGGAGAAGCGAACCUCCCCCGCGAAGUAAACGAGACCUCCACCGCAACGCAGAUGAACCAAAACAACUUCAUCAUUGUAUACAACCUGCCCAUCAUCAACUACGACUUGUUGAGGGCAGAGCUGAAGGAGGCCUUCUCCUUCUGUGGAGAAAUAAAAAACGUGGAAUUUUUCAGUGACCGCCUCAAAACGGUGGACAUAAACGCACUAAACGAUCAAGCAGAGAGGGAGAGUUUUCAAAAUGUAAAAUCCCCUAAGAGUAAGAAGGUUGGAAGUAUACGAAGUGGAAAUGCAAAAGGGGGGAAGAGCAACCAAGCUAGAUGCACUAGCGGAAAAAAGGUUCAAAAUUCGUUUAACCUUAAUAGCUACACACAGCUAUACGCAAUUGUAGAAUUUUUUGAGGAGAAAUCUGCAACCCUAGCCACUAGCGAAUUUUUGAGAAUCUUUGGCAUUUUCUGUUUCAACAAAUUAGUGUAUGUAGAUAAGUGUGUAAAUAAAAAUAUUAUGGUAAUAACGCACCUUCCUUUUCACCUGAACAUUUAUAAUAUAUUUUAUUUGCUCUUAAAUGCUUCUUUACUCAAAUGGGAUGUUUUGAGUGAAGGGGGGGAUGGGAAAGCUGCUCCCAAAUUGGGCGUCUCCAAGGGGGGGAACUGCCUUGUUGAGGGGGGUCAGCCACUCGGUCGAAGUAUCCACCCAGGAGUACCCUCAGAUGGUGGCAAACCAAUUUCUCAGCAAAACAGAAAUAGGAGGUGCAAAAUUUGCCUCCGAAACAGCAACAUCCGAAUUGAAAGCUGCGAUUCGAUUUUUGGUGAGGCAAAUGCAAUGAGCAGCGGGGAAGCGUACGAUUAUAUAUGCGAAAUUUCUAAGAGGAACUUUCUACAGUUUAAGAAAAGAAAAAACAUCAAAUUGGAAGCAUGGGCAAAUGAUGAUGACAGUGCCACGGAGGGAAAGAACAACAACUUCGAGUCAUUUGCAGAUUUUUAUCAAAAUCAAAAUAAAAAAAUGAAGACGAGGAAGGUGAACGUCCACAACAAUGGAAGGAUUUUAAUUCUGCACUUUGACAGCUUUAAACACCUGUAUGAUUGCUUGAAAAAGUUUAAGCAGAUUUUCGGCAAAAAAAACCAUAUGAUUUUUUCGGUCAACUUGAGGAGGUGCAUUUAUCGGAAUGGCGCAAUCAGGGACUGCGUGCAGGUUAAGGAUGGCAGGGUUGGGCGGGGCCUCAAUGUGGAGGUCUAG